UUGAACCGUGCUCGGUUGAUUAGGGGAUCACCUGGCCAAAGCGCGUUGGGCCUGCCGCAUUGGGGCUCAAGUUAUUGAGCCUGAUACGUGAGAGAGAGGAAAGGUAGCAGAUGAGAGCGUAGAGACGCCAUGGCGCAGACAAUGGCAAACAAUCAGCAGAUGAUGUACUACUACAUUGUGCCAGGAGGGCAAGCCCAGCAGAUGCAAGGUGGAGAGGGCAUGAUGGCCAACCAGCAGCAUCAGAUGCAGGGCUAUGAUCAGAUGCAAGGCUUCAACAUGGGCGGUGACCAUGGGGGGUACGUCCUGAUGCCUCAGGACGGAGGCGUGAACCAUCAGAUGGGCCAGAUGCAGCCUACGAUGAUGGCCGCCGGAAAUAAUGGAUGCAUGCAACAGAUGGUGCUCGUCACCAUGAUGACCGACCAGCAGGGUGGUCAGCAGACUGUCAUGAUGGACCCCAGUGCGUGCCAAGGUUGCCAGGGCUGCCAGGGCUGCCAGGGCUGCCAGGGCUGCCAAGGCUGCCAAGGCUGCCAGGGUUGCCAGGGCUGUGGUCAAGCAGGCCAACAUUGGGGCCAAGCCAACGUGGGGCAUUGCAAUGGAUGUGGUGCGCCGCCGAUGCAAGAUGCCCAGCGCAUGCAGCCGCCUGGUCAGCCAAUGCACAUGGACGGACGCAGCAUGGGCAACCAAGGCGGCCAGACCCAAGGCCAGACGCAAGGCCAAGGCCAAGGCCAAGGCCAAGGCACAGGGAACCAACCCAGCCAAGGCAACCAAGCGAAUCAAGGCCAAAUGGCCGCUCAAAACACGCAAAGUGCCACUGAUGCGAAUGCACCACCAUUGGCCCCCCAGCAGCCCGCUUCCAAGAAGAAGGGCCUUGUCAACAAGAAGAUUGACAGAAACGCCACGACCAGUGCUACAACUGGCACUGCAAAUGCAGGCAGCGCAACCAACACACAAUCACAGAGUGCAGCACCCGCACCCGCCGGAGCACCUAGUGAACCAGAAGCAGCGGCACCUCAGCCAGCAGCAUCAGUACCGCCGUCGGCCCCUUCUACAGACAGCCCCAUCGCGGCCAGGAGCGACGCCAACACUGCGGUGCAUCCGCGCUACAACUUGCCCUCGUUGCCUCCCAAGGCGCACGCCGCCUCGGCGCACGCCUUCGCGUCCAACAUCAAGGCCUUGAACCUGGAGCCCAUGCGUUCAGCCACGAAGGGCGGCAGAAGCGGCAUCAGCUCCAUGAAGCCUUUGGACGCCUCAGACCUGGUGCCCCUGGCCUUGCCGGAGAGAGCCAAGGCCACGGCCCCGGAGCCGGUGCCGCCAGUGCCGCCAGCACCUCCGGCGGCCGUGGCGCAGGAGCCCGCAGCACCCCCGCCAGCCCCGCAGCCGGUGGCGCCUGCUCCGACACCGGCGCCCGUGCCCGCGUUGCCGGCGCAGAGCCAGUCCCCACAGCCUGCAGCCAAGACUCCAGCAAAGAAGGGGAUCAAGAUCAAGAACGUGUCGUUGGCUAGGCAAGCAAGGCCUGCAGAGGAGAUCAAGGAUGCUCAGCCGACGCCCGUGGAGGUUGCGCCAAGAGUGGAGGAGCCGGCGCCACCGCCAAUGGCUUUGCCAUCCACCGAAAUCCGCGAAUCCGGGGUGAACCUUUGCCCUGCGAGCAAGGUCUUCAGUCGCGAGCUGAUGCUGCGCAUCUGGCAGAUGCACAAGGGAGAGCUACACAGCGCCGUUGGGGGGCUGUCUGUCAGCACCCGGCCCGGAGAGAAGACGCCGAUGAUGGAGAGGAAGAAGAUGCCCAACAAGAGGGACGAUGCCCCAGACCGAGCCAAUGUCUUUGGCACCGAGAUGAAGAACAAGGGCAAGAAGGAACUUUUGCCCAAGCCGUCUGAGAACGCCUACAAGAUCAAAGAGGUGUCCGGCGGCCUGGAAGAGUUGGAGAGGAAGGCCAGAAGUCUGCUCAACAAGAUCUGCCCAGACAACUUGGGAGUGAUUGUGGACCAGCUGGCGGGCAUCAAGCUGACCACGGCCACGGAGCUGGAGUAUGUCAUCCGCAUCAUCUUCAAGAAGGCCUUGGCAGAGCCCCACUAUUGCGAGACCUAUGCAGACAUGGUCUUCGCACUUCGGGAGAGAUAUCCGCAGUUCCCGCCAGAGAACGAGGGCGAGAAACCUGCAAGCUUCACACGAGUCUUGCUGAACAACUGCCAGAACGAGUUCGAGAACAUGCCACAGACCUUCGAGGCCACGGAGGCGGAGAGGAUCAAGUUCACCAAUCCGGAGGAGCUGCAAGCUGAGCUCAAGCGCAAGAAGGACAUGAUGCUGGCCAACAUGAAGUUCAUUGGCCACCUCUUCUUGCGCCAGCUUCUCGCAGUGAAGGUUAUCGGACAAGUCGUUCACGACCUCAUUGGCAUCAAGGACAACUUGACACUGCCAGAGGAGCACAUGAUUGAGUGUGUGUGCGAGCUCCUGCAGGCGAUUGGGUACACCUUGGACGAGACGCAGCACGGAGAGAACUUGAUGAACUCUUUCCAGGCGCGGCUGAAGGAUUUGUCCAGAUCACUGUCCAGCGACGGCAAGCAGGCAUUCUCAAAGCGCAUCCGCUUUGCGAUCGAAGACCUGCUGGACCUCCGCAGGAACAAGUGGCAGAAGAAGGUCUUCAAGGAGCAGGCAAAGACUAAGAAAGACGUGAAGGGAGAAGCUGCGGGGAAGUCGAAGCAGGCCACCGAUGGCCACUUUUCCACGCAGAUCGCUGGCCAGAAGCCGGCCUACAUCGAGGAGCUGAAGGCGCACAAGCAGCCCAAGGAGAAGCCAGGGGAUGGCGGCAAGCCAAGCCUGGACACGUCGUACGUGAAGAAGAUUUGCAAUUACUUCGCGGAAGACAGGAACGGCGAGUCUUUGGCAGCCGACUGGAACAAAGCGAAGCCCAGCCCUUCGGAGUCCAAGGCGGCCUUAGACUUCUUGGUCAACCAGGGCUUCGAGGAGGAGAGAAAGGAGGAUGCCCACGCGGACUCCUUGGCGGAGUUGGUGAACCGGCGGUGUGUGCAGCCUGAGUGGCUGAAGGACGCGCUGGUGCAACCCAUUACCCAGUUGGAAGACUGGAAGAUUGACGCGCCGCAGUGCGACGUGUUUUUCCACUCGCUCCUGGCGAAGCUGUACCAACUGGAUUCAUUGAGCCCAGUGACUGUGGUGUUGAAGUCGCUGCAGCCGCUGCAGCACACCGCCUCGCAGAAGAACCUUUGCUGGAAGCUUCUGCUGGGCUGCCUUAGAAAAUUGAAGUCGAGAGGAGGUGGAUCCAUCCAGAAGGCUUUAGGCCACAACGACUUUGUGAGCUUGGCGGCCACUGUUAAGGGAUGAUGUUUGGCCACUUGAAGGACGAGUCAGGGUGGAACUGUGGGCAGAUGUCCAGUGGAUGCUGCACGGCGCCAAUUAGAAUCCGAGUGCUGAUCUUUUCAGCUGCCAUGGCGAGCAAGAGACGGCAAAGCGAAGGCCAGGGCACU